AAUUCCCUGCGCGUCCUCCUAGACACCAAGAUGGCCGUUUCGACAAAAUCAACAGCCGGUCGAAAAUAAUAUUUGUUGCUAAACAAUCGGGCCGUUCCUGUGAAAAACUGUCGAAAAAAAUGUGUGAAAGACUUUUACGGCAUAUUUAAUACAAAAUUCGACUCCUCUGCUUAUCGGCAACGUUUGAAAGGAUCGUAAGCGUUUCUCGGUUUUUCGUUUGGUUUUGCGUUCGCGAGUUUGACUUUUCUGAGACUCAAAGAAACAGAAAAAUUGUUUGAGCUUCCAGAAUGAGUUCCAACAACGCCACGGCCCUUUUUGCCUGCUCCAGGUGCUUUUCGAGACAUCCUUUCGAGGAAUUAUCCCCGGGACAACAACUUUGCAAGGAAUGUCGCGGAACUUUUCCUGUGGUGAAAUGUACCUAUUGUAGAUCCGAAUUCCAACAGACUGUAAAGGGAAAUACGAGCACAAUUUGUAAAAAAUGCGAGCAAAAUGUGAAAGCUUAUGGAAAGCCAUCGGCUUGCGAAUAUUGUAAUACGAUUGCGGCUUUUAUCGGCAGCAAAUGUCAGCGUUGCACAAAUUCAGAAAAGCGUUAUGGCCCACCUGUCACUUGCGAGCAGUGCAAGCAGAAAUGUGCCUUCGACAGACAGGACGAAGAUAAAAAGGUCGAUGGAAAACUGCUCUGCUGGCUCUGCACUCUUUCCUAUAAGCGCGCACUCGCAAAAACAAAGCAGACAGAAUCAGAAAGACGAGCUCACUUGAAAUUGGCUCAACAACGAGCUGCAAAGCACAAAGAACAAAAUGAUAGUGAUGAUGAUUGCAGAUUGAAGGGGCACAACAAGAGGCCGCAGAGAGUGGACGUGACGAAGCUGCCGCCGCAGUCGGAGCCGGAGUCGAAUGGACCCUCGCCGGUCAAGAUUGCGAGAAUGGUCGGCGUCCACGAUCCCCACGAUCCCAACAGUUCCGACCACGUCGUCGCCGUCACCCAGCUCAAGGAGAAAAUCGCCAAUCUCCAAAAGCAGAUUAGCAUACGAGACGGCCAACUCCUUACCAAGGACAAACAGAUAACCGAGCUGAAGGCGAAGAAUUUCACCGCCGAGGCGGAAUUGCGCAACAGAUUCAAGUCGUCGGAAAAGGAGUACGACGCGAAAAUUAGCUCGAUGCAAAUGAAAAUUUCGGGUCUGCUCAAGGAAGUGGCGACUCUCUCGAAAAGUACGAAACGUGACAGAAUUGCCGCGACGAAGAACGAGGCGAAGAGCGAGAAUAGCGGAAGUGGCACCGACAGUCCCGUGCCCUGAUCAAUAAAUAGGUACCACCCUAUCCUAUCUAUCUCUAUCUACAAUUUUUCCGAUUUCUUCGAGUCGAUGUGGACAUUUUUACCCCCCCCCCCCCCCCCCC